AUGGCUCUGGCACGCCUUCAGCUGGAUAUACAGCAGCCCAAACCCCCACAGGUUAGUGCGUUCUUCAGGCGCACUUCCGUCCCCGCCGCCUUCUCUGUUCCUCCCUCCGAAGAUUAUCUGAGGGAGUUACACGCAUGCUGGAGAGACACCAGUGCUCAUUCCCGGCCUUCGGCCGAGGGACGAACCCUGGCGUCCAUGCAGGACGCGGCCAAGUAUGGUCUUGAGCGCAUGCCAGCCAUUGAGCCAACUAUUGCGUCCCUCAUAGUUUCCCCGGAGGAGACUCUAAGACCAGAGGCCAGGUGCCCUCGGCCCCAGUGUCGGGCCACGGACGAACUGCUUUCCCAGGCCUACAACACGGCAGCCCGCAUGGGCCGUAUCGGCGUUUGGCCUCAUGUCGAUGGAGCUCGGGCACCUGAUGUCCACCCUGGUACAGACCCGCCGCCAGGUUUGGCUGUCAGUCACACCUGUCGGAGACCUGUAGAAGGACUCUCCGCACUGUCCCAGUCGAGCCCGGGGAGAUGUUCGGCUCGGCCGCACUCCAGGCGCUCCAGCGAACUGUACAAGCCGGUCAGACCAGGCAGCAGUUCGCUGAUCUUCGCCGUGACAUGCCCCCACCCCGACGGGCGUCCAGGGGCCCCACAUCGGCCCCCAGAGACCAUUUUCAGCCCCGCGCUCGCCUUAAUAGUCAGCACAGGCCUCAGCACCCCGCUGGGAGGCCAACCCACUCACAACGUGAAGUUUCCGGCAGACUCCCCAGACGCCUCCGGCCGGGUCAGGGUAACCACCAUCGCCGACCCGGCAAAGGCCUUAGCCUUGAGCCAGGAACUUGCCAAACUCCUGGCCAAGGGCGCAAUCGAGGCGGUGGACCCCCUGUCACAGCCCAGGGGCUUCUAUUCAACCUACUUCCUUGUAAGGAAGAAAGAUGGCGGACUCCGCCCAAUCCUAGAUCUGAGGGGACUCAACAAGUUCCUGAAGGUCUUGCCAUUCCACAUGCUCAGCAUGGCAGACGUCCUUCGUACCGUCUCCAGAGGGGACUUGUUCACAUCAGUCGACUUGAAGGAUGCCUAUUUUCAUGUCCCCAUUGUGCCUUGUCACAGACAGUUCCUUCGUUUUGCCUUUCAAGGCCGUUGUUUUCAGUUCAGGGUGCUUCCAUUCGGACUCUCCCUUUCGUCACGUGUGUUCACAAGAUGUGUUGCGGCUGCCCUUUCCCCCCUGCAGUUGCAGGGCAUGAAGAUAAUGCCGUAUUUGGACAAUUGGCUGAUCUGUGCACAGGCUGCACAAGACACCACCCGCCUUCUCUCCCAUGUGGCCCUAUUGGGCCUCAGGGUGAACAUGCAGAAAUGCUCUCUGCCCCCGUCUCAGAGCAUAACCUUCAUCAGUAUAGCUCUGGACUCAGCCGCUAUGAGAGCCCGUCCGUCACGCCAGCGUGUCGACGACAUCCUCCGCAACCUGACCCUCUUCCGAGGGGGCAGGCGGUUGCCCUACAUUCUCUUCCUUCGCCUGUUGGGCAAAUUGACAGCCGCCUCAGCUGUUAUUCCCUUGGGCUUGCUGUCACUGCGCCCUCUGCAGAGAUGGCUGAACAGCCUCCAUUUGGAGGUCACGUGCCACAGGCACAGGAGAGUAGAGGUAUCACAGCAGUGCCUUCGAGCCCUAUCACCAUGGAGGGAGAGGGCGUACCUGUCGGGGGGUGUCCCCAUGGGUAUGGUCCCGUCCCGGCGGGAGGUCGUCACAACAGACGCCUCCCUCUCAGGGUGGGGCGCAGUGUGGCAGAACAGGACUGCUCAGGGGCAGUGGUCCGCUCAGGACCACACCGAGCAUAUCAAUGUCCUGGAGCUGUGGGCUGUGCACCUAGCACUCAAGCAGUUCCUGCCAUUCCUGGCUGGGAAACACAUACUCGUUCGGUCGGACAACACCCCGACCGUUUUCCACAUAAACCAUCAGGGUGGCACCAGGUCGGCAAAGCUGCUACACGCGGCUUGCGCCCUUCUGACUUGGGCAGCCCCUCGCCUGACCAGCCUUCGGGCGAUGUAUAUUCCAGGGGAACAGAACCAGGUUGCAGAUUCCCUCUCCCGCCACAGACCCCCACCGGGGGAGUGGCGGCUCCACCCAGAAGUGGUGCAGAGCAUCUGGGGUCUCUUCGGCAGGGCGAGGGUAGAUCUCUUUGCCUCAGAGACGUCAACCCACUGCUCCCACUGGUUCUCCCUGAGGGAGAGGACCAGCCCUCUGGGGCAAGAUGCCCUGGCGCACACAUGGCCGGGGGGCCUUCUUUAUGCUUUCCCCCCAAUUCCCCUGAUCUUGCCAACGCUUCUCAUGGUACUUCAACAGGGCUACAGUCUCCUACUGGUGGCCCCACGAUGGCCAGCCAGGACUUGGUUCCCCCUACUGCACAGACUCUGCUCCGGGACGCCAUGGCGGUUCCCGGACUGGAGGGAUCUCCUUUCGCAGCUACGGGGCCAGAUCUGGCACCCCAACCCCAGCCGCCUGCAGCUAUGGGCCUGGCCACUGCAGGGUCCGACCAGCUGCUGAGCAGCUGCACAGACCCAGUCAAGGGGACUAUUCG